GUAAAGCCAGCGGUUUGUUUUCCUUAGCUGUUAGCAUUGAAGCUCCUGUGAAAGAUGCCUGUGUCUGUCAUGAUGGCUGAACCUGAUGAAAAACUGUUGUUGCAGUUUGAAACUCAAGAGCUGGAGGCUCCUGGUGGCAUUGCAACGCCUCAAGUGUAUUCACAGCUACUGGUCCUAUAUCUCCUACAUAGUGAUAUGAACAAUGCCAGAUAUCUUUGGAAACGGAUACCACAAGCAAUUAAAACAGCAAACCCAGAGUUGGCAGCUAUAUGGGCUGUAGGACAACGGAUAUGGCAAAGGGACUUUCCAGGGAUCUACAAUGCUAUUGCUGCUUACCAGUGGUCUGAAAGCAUCUUACCUGUAAUGGAAGCUUUAAGAGAGUCCACCCGCAGGAGGGCGUAUGGGCUUGUAGCUCAAGCUUACACCUCAAUUAGUGCUGAGGACUUUGCUGCCUUCGUGGGAUAUUCUGUAGAAGAGGCAGUUAAAGGUGUUGUUAGCCAUGGGUGGCAGGCAGAUCCAAACACCAGGAUGAUCAUGCCACAGAAACCAGAUCCACCCCCGGUCUCUUUGGUUCCAAACGAACAACAGCUGGCCAGACUCACAGACUACGUGGCUUUUCUAGAGAACUGAUAAGCACCCCACCCUCUCUCAUCCUCUUCCCCACCACCUAUGCGAUACACUGUUAUACCGAAGAUAAUUUCUUUCAUGUGGUACCCAGGACUCCUUCAGACACAUUCAUCUGUCAUGCCCACCAAUGUCUGUUUUUUUUUAUAGAGAUCCAAAUAGUUCAAAUAGUACAAAUUUAAAUCAUCUUUGGAUUGUGACACUGAUGUUGAAACUGUAAAUUAUUAUUUCUCAGCAUAAAUACUUUUGCCAUAUCCACACAGAUUGUUUUUGGCUCAGUGUUGAUAACGGAUGUUUAUGUUGUCUCAGUGUCAUACAUGUACUCUUUCUGCAACGCAACAUAAAGCUGUUUUAUGCUUGAAUUUUGUACCAAAAAAAGAAAACCUGAUGAUUUCACAGUAUUUAGGAGGGUUUUGUUUGACUUUCUUAAAUUAUAGCAUAGAAGAGGAGAUGAUCUGUUCUAAGAAAUCCCUAAAUAGUAAAAAUAUUCAACUGCUAAACAAUUAAAAUAUGAUAAAAUAAAUUGUGAACUUAAAGGCAACUUUUUUAUAUAGUUUAGUUUAUAGAUCAAUUUAUAAGAAUAUGACAAUAUAAGUGUUAUGAAGCAGAGCACUAAAAAGUGCUUUAGAUGUUAGUCCUGCUUUCAAGGAUAAGAAAACCUAAAUUUAUGUUUAUAGCUGUUAUGUUUCAGCAAAGUAUUGUUUACCAUAUGUUUAAGAUGUUUUUUCCUCUCUUUCCAUCUCUUUCUGCUGUUCAGAUGUUUUAUAGUCAUACUCCAGCAGUGUGGGUUUGAAAAAGGAGAGAAAACAGCAGCUGUUGGUCAUCGUCACAUUUUUUCAGCAUGAAAAUUAUUUCUAUGUGGUGGAACAACAGGAACACACAGUACUGAGAGUAUUAAUCUGUAGUUGAUUUAUUUGAAUUCGAUCUUCCAGAUUGCAAAUUUCUGUUGAAAUCUUUGUGAUUGCAUCAACCUAGUAGAACAGUAACUUAGAAAAAUUGUAAGUCAUUUAGCUGAGGGUUUAUUAUCCAGGGCAGGGCUAUUUCUAGGCAUAGGCAAACUAGGCUACCAGGUGCAGGGGGCGCCAAAGAGUGCAUAUACAUUUUGAUUGCUGCUUUACGGACUUGAAUGAGUGAAAAUUAGCACUGCAACAAAAUUAAAGAUAAAUUCUGAAUGUCGCGGGUUUAACACAGACAGAAGGUGGUAUGUGUGAUUUGCCCAAAAGUAUUGGGUUUUUUCAAGGCCACAUCUAGCAUUGAUAUGUAAUUGAUCACACAAUGCACUGAUUAUUUGCCCUUAAGAAAAUGAAGCAUUAUUAAACUAUAUUGAACAUCUUUUUAUUUGUUAUUAUGUUCCCAUCAUAAUAACAGUGGCAUGCAGUAAAACUAUGGUAAUACAAAUGGUAAAUAAUCUGCUAAAAUCAUGGUUACUUACUACAAAAAUAAAGCCAUGGUUCAUUUUCCUCAUGAUGAUAACUGUAAAAAUGGCUCACAAUGGAUAUGAAAUGAGAGUUGCGUUUUACUAUGCUAAAUAUAUUACUCUGAUUGUGAUGUUUACUUCAGAACUGUAAAUAUGAUCUGCACAAAAGCAGUGGUACAGUUUUUCAAAAUAUGGGGUAAAUGUCAAUGUAUAGCUUAAGGACAGUAAUAAUUGUUUUGUUGAUUUAAAAUAAAUAAAGAUGAAUUUGUUUUGGCACUUUAAAUGUAUUUCAAAAUCUAAUGUGGCCCUCGAGUCAAAAAUAUUA